GUAAAAAGUUGGACAAUUAGAAAAUGUGUUAAAUAUGAUUCACUGAAAUCUGAAUUUUCUUUUCUUUUCUUUUAUAUAGCCGACAAAAUUGAACAAAAAUGCAAAGGACUUUGGUCAAGUGGAAGUCUUGAAUAGUUGCAAAUGCAUAUAUGCCUCUAUGUUCUUGGAUUUCAUAAGAAAUUAUACGAAUUGUAUAGUGGUUUUAAAUUUAACCACAUUUUGCAAGCUAGUGGGUGUUGUUUUUCGUUUGGUCUUUGCUGGAUGCAAGGAGUGAUAUUUUUGUUCUCCUGCUUUACAGGGGAGUGCCUGGUAAAAUCAUGAUGAAUUGCUGUCUGGAGCAAUCGACCAGCGGCAAGCAACUAACCAGGCAUGUUUUAUCAGGGUUUGCAACAACAUUAGUGUUUAUCUCGCAAAUAAACCAGGCGGUUGCAUCAGAUGUUUCCCAUCAAAGAAAUGUUGAGUUUGCAAAUGCUACGGAGGAGACAGUUACUCUUCCGCUUGAUAAGGGAUCCGAUGAAGGAGAUGAGAGGCUAAUGAUGAUGAGAGGCAUGACAGCAAAUAACUUUGACCCUGUUAGAUAUUCUGGAAGGUGGUUUGAAGUUGCUUCGCUUAAACGUGGAUUCGCUGGGCAAGGUCAGGAAGACUGCCACUGCACCCAGGGUGUGUAUACAUUUGAUUUGGCGAAACGGGCCAUCCAGGUUAAUACCUUCUGUGUUCACGGGAGCCCUGAUGGAUAUAUCACUGGAAUACGGGGAAAUGUUCAAUGCCUUUCGGACGAAGAUUUGGAGAAAAAAGAAACAGAUCUAGAAAAGCAGGAGAUGAUCAAAGAGAAGUGUUUCCUCCGUUUUCCAUCAUUGCCAUUUAUCCCUAAGCUUCCAUAUGAUGUGAUUGCAACUGAUUAUGACAAUUACGCUCUUGUUUCGGGAGCAAAGGACACUGGUUUUAUACAGAUUUACUCGAGAACGCCUAAUCCCGGUCCUGAGUUCAUAGAGAAGUACAAAUCUUACUUGGCCAACUUCGGAUACAACGCAAGCAAAAUCACGGACACACCACAAGACUGUGAGCAAAUGACAGACACGCAGUUAUCUGCAGUGAUGUCAAUGCCCGAGAUGCAACAGGCCUCAACAAAGGAAUUUCCUGAUCUCGAACUGAAGAAAUCUGUUCAAUUUGACCCCUUUACGAGCGUAUUCGACACUCUGAAGAAAUCUGUUCAGCUCUUUUUAAAAUAGUCCUGAAUGUAGGAAGUGUAGAGGGAUGGAAAUGCUUAACAAGUUUAUGGGAAAUCUGAGUUGCUACAGCAGAGCUCUUGUAUUACUUCUUACUGCAACUCUCUUAAUACAAAAUGAUAUGCCAAAGGCUAUAUAAAGAGAAUACAAAGUACUAGAGAGUUCUUCCUAGACAACUUAACAAACAUAGGCUAGGAACUCUGAUACAAUUAACUCUGGAAUAAUUGUCGGGAAAGUCUAGAGUCUUAACAUUUAGGGUAGUGCAUUAAUUCCAACACUCCCCCUUAAUGCACUUUCUUC